AGACAUCGACGUCUUCGUGCAUUGCCAUGCAAGUAAUCUUUCAUCAUCUAGCCCCUAUCUUUGAAUUUUUUUGUCACUAGUCUAAGAAAGUAACGUUGAGUUCAUCCUCUUGUUUAUUUAUUACUCUAAGAAAGUACCCGUCAUAGCUUAAAAUAUUCGAACCAACAGGUACCGCCAAAUCUCCCAUAGUUGGUGUACGUGUAUUAAUUGCAGCUAAGUAAGGAGAAGCAAUGGUGGAGUCCCCCGGAACCUUGUUGGAGAGUACUCUAAACCAGCCGCUAAUUUAGCAUGGAGUCGGACCCACCAUUUCACGAGGCCUACAAGUGCCUCUUCGACAAAACCAUCGAAACGAAUACCAACGGCGACAAAGAAAACGAGCUUGUCAUCGUCGAGGAAUGCGAGCUUCCGUUGAUCGACCUCGGCCGGUUAGGCCUCGCUGAAGCGGAGAGAGAGGAGUGCAAGGCGGAGAUAGCUAGGGCUUCACGAGAGUGGGGUUUUUUCCAGGUCGUGAACCAUGGGAUUUCCCGUGAGAUUUUGGAGAAGAUGAGGUUUGAGCAGGAGAGGGUGUUUAAGCAUCCCUUUGACAAGAAGACCAAAGAGGACAAAUACUUGAACUUUUCAGCCGGUAGCUACCGUUGGGGCACACCGUCAGCCACAUGCUUGGGGCAGUUAUCAUGGUCAGAAGCUUUCCACAUUCCUUUGAUCAAUAUUGCGCCCUCAGGGGGCUUCGAUAGUCUCAGCACAACAAUGGAACAGUUUGCCGCAACAGUUUCCAGUCUGGCACAAAAAUUGGCUGAGAUUUUGGCUGAGAAAAUGGGCCACAGGUCAACUUUCUUUCAAGAAAAUUGUUUACCAAGCACUUGCUAUCUUCGAAUGAAUCGAUACCCACCGUGCCCAAUCCCUUCAGAGGUGUUUGGCCUGAUUCCACACACUGACAGUGACUUCCUCACCAUCUUGCAUCAAGAUCAGGUUGGUGGUCUGCAAUUGGUGAAAGAUGGGAGAUGGAUUGCUGUUAAACCUAAUCCCGAGGCUCUUAUUAUCAACAUUGGUGACUUAUUUCAGGCGUGGAGCAAUGACGUUUACAUGAGCGUAGAACACCGGGUUAUCCCCAAUCCCCUACGGGAAAGGUUCUCCACGGCAUAUUUCUUAUGUCCUUCAUAUGACACGGUGAUACAGAGCUGCCGCGAGCCUUCUGUGUAUAGAAAAUUCAGCUUUAGGGAAUACAGGCAGCAGGUGCAAGCGGAUGUUCAAAAACUGGGUUAUAAAGUAGGCCUUCGUAGGUUUCGUGUGUAAAGCCACAACAAAUUAAUGUGUGUUAAUUCAUACAUCGACUAGGCAAUAUUGUUAAGAGAGAGAGAGAGAGAGAGAGAGAGAGAGAGAGAGAAAGAGAGAGAGUGGUCAAGGUGUAGUUGAAUUAGAAAAUAAGAAAGGUAUAUCAGUUUUCAGCAUGACUCCAUGCUGGCUCAAUCGUCCUGUACGUGGAUCGACUAUAAUGCAAAGGAAAUUUUUCCGAUGUUA